AUGGCACUCGACGAUCUAUCUCCUCUGACUUCGCUACCCUACAGAGAGGCGCAUAUAGCCACCAUUCUCAUAAUCGCGUCGUUUCUCCUCUUCCUCAACCUGAGCCGAGGCAUACUCUCCCGACUAGUAUCCGCAGGACUUCUCGGACCACUACUCAUUGGUGCUGCCUACUCGGCAUCGCUGUCCUCCAUCCUCCCCAGCCAUGUGCAAUACAGCGUCCAAGCUUUCGGAUACCUCGGUCUCAUGCUCCUGAUAGUUGAGGGCGGAAUGGACACCAGGUUAGAUAUCCUCAGCAAUAGAAGGACGCUCGUACUCGCUCUGCUUGUUGGGACCACGGGAAUCGUCGUCCCUAUUGCGCUUUCUCUGGCACUGCUGCCCUUCGCGUAUGGAUACGGGUACAUCGAAUCCUUCGCACUCGGCGCCUCGCUCUCAAGCACGAGUUUGGGUACUAUCUUUAGCGUGAUUUCGAACCUGUCUGAGGAUUCAGGGCCUCCCGCCGGAAAAUUGCCUUCCAAUCAACCUAUUCAGGAAGGAGCAGUGGCAUCGAUGGAGGUGGACACGAAUGGACAUGAUGGGGACCGAGGCGAAGAGACUAUCAUUGGAACCAGUAUCGGUACGAUCCUUGUGGCCGCGGCGCUGCUGGAUGAUAUCGUAGGGUUGGUUAUCUCCAGCAUAAUCUCGAAUUUGCCAUCCACCUCCUCAGGUUCACAGUCCAUCGCACCGUGGUCUGCUGCUCGCCCUCUCGUUGCCUCGGUCUCCCUUCUUGUGUUCACGGCCAUCAUCUCUCGCUACGUCCUCAGCCCGCUCAACAACCGCGGUAGUUGUCAGGCCCCAGGAUGGAUUUUCACUUGCCUGACCGCGACCAAACUCGUUCACAACCUGGAUGCGCUGGCCGUUGUAGCCUUUAUCGCGGUCGUAGCAACCUUCGCAACCAUAGCAUCUUACAUCGGGAGCUCUAUCCUCAUAGGCUGCUUCUGCGCAGGUGCAACGAUGAAACAUUUAUACGAUGGUCUCGUGGCUGCCAAUGCCGGCGUUGACCGCGAUAGCCCGCUGCUGAAGUUGCUGAGGGACGGAUCUCCGGAAGCAGCGUUCUCCCGCGUAAAACCUAUACAAGAGCUCGUCCUAGGUCCUUUCUUCUUCGCAAGCAUCGGCUCUGCGAUACCGGUGAAAGAGAUGUUCAGAGGUCAGACGGUGUGGAGGGCGAGUCGCAUCGGCAUCAUAUACGCUGGCCUCAUGGGAGUCGGGAAGCUAUGUGCCGGUAGUUGGAUCAUCCUCGCGGACACUUUAUUGCAGAAGAAGGCGUGCAUCUGGAGGAACCGUUCGUGCCGGUGGAGCAGACUCGGGAGGAGGCCUACCAUCAAUCACUGCGGACGCCACGAUUCGCGGCCAGUGGAACUUGGAAAUCCGCUACCUGCACCUAUGUUACCGACGCCGGGCGAGACUCAGCUUAGAGAACAAGUGCUGCCCAGGUUGAUCCCGAGCUGGCCUUCGGCUAUGUUUCUGGGUCUAUCUCUAGUCGCACGAGGGGAGAUCGGCUUCUUAAUUAUCAACAUCGCGUCCCAGCAGUCUCUGGUUUCAUCGGAGGCGUUCAACGUGGCUGUUUGGGCGAUUACGCUCAAUACGAUCGUCGGGCCCGCAACGGUUGGAAUCCUGCUUAGGAGUGUGCCGGCACGAAACGCGAUCCUGGGCGGCAGAUGGGGUACGGUGGAACGGCGAGCUUGA